ACGAGAAUCGGGAACCGUGGAUCAUAUGUGCCUCAAAAUGGAGGGACACUAUCUACUUGUGUGCCUUUGACACAGAAGAGAAACAGGCGGAGCGGCAGCGUGAGACUGACAGGCAGCGUACCAUGACCAGCUGGGGUUACAAGUUUGAGCAGUUUAUGAUGGCUGACGCGGCUGACAGCGAGGCGAACCCGCACGUGCCGGUGCUGGAGGGGGAGGAGUUCUGCUGCGUCCUCCGGUCUCGGCUGGGGUCGCACUCGCUCGUAUAUGGGGCAGAGGUGGAUGGCCUGGACCCACACCAUACUGGCGACCCUUCCACGAUGGCACGUUUCGUCGAACUAAAGACGUCGCGCGAGGUGGAAAACCAGAGGCAACGCAACACUCUCCGAAGGUUCAAGAUGCUCAAGUGGUGGGCCCAGUCCUUCCUCGUGGGCAUCGAGCGGGUGGUGGUCGGCUUCCGCGACGAUGACGGCGUUGUGCACCGGCUGAGCCAGUUGUCCUGCCGAGCCGCCACAUGA